CGUGACUCACCACACAGCUAUGCCCUGGCGGCCCAGGCCCUUGUGCGCUGACGUGUGCUGGAAUGACACCCGGCCACCCCUCCUGCUCCCGUGGAAAAGUUUCUCAUGGCUCUCCCCGCCGCCUGGCUCCUGCUGGCCCUCCAGGUGGCUUCUCUAGCAUGGCUUUGACCCCGGGACCUGGAGGGAGGGGCACUCAGCGGGCCCGCCGUGCCCCUGCAGAUGCUGGGGUUCAGGCCGCUGUCAGGAAGCAGCUCCUGUCUUCCCGCUGGGGUCAUCCCACGCUGUAGUGCGUCUGCCUCCCGCGCGUGCGUGGGUGGCGCGGAGGAGCCAGAAGCCUCCUGAGGGUGCACCUGGCCCCGGCCCUGCUGCUGUCCUGCUCUCCAUCAUCCGUCGUCAGUGCCUGGGACAGUGGCCGUGUUGCCAGAGGCAACAGUGAACCAGGGGGUUUGGUGGCCCGGGUGCUGAGACCUGGGAGGCAGGUGGGCUGUUGGGGGUGGGUGGCGUCUAGGCUGUGCCGUAGCAAGGGUCCUGGGGCUGUGGGCGAAGGAGGGGUGGAGACCGUCCACCCGAGCCCCACUCACCCCCAGGGUGAAGGCUUUGGUGCGGCUCCGUCUCUGGGGCCCGGGUCCCCCCCCUUCCCCUGUGCGUUUUCUGAUGUUCUCUCUGCUCAGUUCACCUUGCCUGGCGUUUGGAACGUGGACCCCGGUUCCUAAGCCAGCUACAGAAUGUGCCAGCACGUCCAGAGCCCGGGCCCUCCCGCCCCCCACCCCAGCCGCCGGGGCACACUGGUUUGUUUACUGUCCCACAACCUGUGAUGUCUGCACCGGCCUGCCCAAAGCCAUUGUUGCUGUGGGCUUCUCUGUUUCCAUGACGACCAUCAGGGGCUGGCUACUUCCCAAGGUCGCCAUGGCAACUAUCAGAGGGGAAUCAUGCUUGGGAUGCUUUGGCUGGCUUUUUCAUGAAUGAUUAGAAUGUGUGACACAAUGCAGACGCCAAAACCAGAAGGGCGGGCAGUGGCGGGGAGGGGGGGUGCUGGCGGGCGGCGGGGACGGCUCCCGCCAGACAGCCGGUGAGCUCGAGCAGUGGCGGCCCCUACCUCCCGGAUCCUGCGGGCCUCAGGUCAGGGCUGUGGGGCAGCCUAGGCGGGGGUGGUGAUGUCACAGCUGCAGUGCCCUUUGCGGAGGUAGGUCUGCUAGGGAGGGUGGGGCUGCACCCGUCCCUGGGGGUGCGCUGGGCAAACGCAGGGGCUCCCCAAAGGGGCCCUUCCUCUCUGGAGCCAGGCGAGGUCAGGAGUCACGGGGGCUCUUGCCCGGGCAGGGUGCCGUCCUGGGGGCCAGCGGUGCUCCUCGUGUGCCGGGUGAGGCCGUUCUCGGGAGGGGGCUCUAGGUCCGCGCGCUCUGGCCCUUCAACGUGGCGUCCCGUGCCUCGAGGGUGCGAGCGGCUCAGCUCAGAGGGGGAGUCGGAUGGGAGGCAGUGGCCGCCCGGGCCUGGUGCCCCCCCAGGCGGGUGGCUGCCAGCGUGGGGGCCGGGGUGGGUCUGGGUUGCUUCGUGGGCUGAUGCUGGACUGGGCAGCGUGGCCGGGAUGCCCACCCUGCGGGGAGCCCCCUCAGUCCCGGCUGCCUCCUGUCUUGUUUUCGGGGGGACGUGGACCGAGGAGCCGAGCCUCCUUGGAGCGUCUCUGUGGUGGGGACGUCCCCGCUUCAGGUCACGUGCGACGGCAGCCGGCCCCGUCCCCAGCCUGGCCAGAACCUCACCUCACUCAUUUCUGUUUCUUGUCUGAUUUUCUAGAUCCAGUUUCCAAGCCCUUCUGUUCGGGUGACUGUGCCCAGGUUAUGACGACUAAUCCCAAACCAAACAAGGCAUUAAAGGUCAAGAAGGAGGCGGGCGAGAACGCCCCGGUGCUCAGCGAUGACGAGCUGGUGUCCAUGUCGGUGCGGGAGCUGAACCAGCACCUGCGGGGCCUCACCAAGGAGGAGGUGGCCCGCCUGAAGCAGCGCCGGCGCACGCUCAAGAACCGCGGCUACGCGGCCAGCUGCCGCAUCAAGCGCGUGACGCAGAAGGAGGAGCUGGAGCGGCAGCGGGUGGAGCUGCAGCAGGAGGUGGAGAAGCUGGCGCGGGAGAACAGCAGCAUGCGGCUGGAGCUCGACGCGCUGCGCUCCAAGUACGAGGCCCUGCAGACCUUCGCCCGCACCGUGGCCCGCGGGCCCGUCGCCCCCACCAAGGUGGCCACCACCAGCGUCAUCACCAUCGUCAAGUCCGCCGACGUCUCCUCCGCCUCCGUGCCCUUCUCGGCCGCCUCCUAGUGGCCCGCCGCCGGGAGGGGGGGGUGGUGGGCGGGGGGCGCCCCCCCGGGUGCCCGCCGGAGGGUCCGCGUGGCGCGGACCCCUUAACGCCCCAGUCGAAGCGCAGACUCCCGGCGGGGACGAGGCCGAGGGUGCGGCCGCAGAUGGGGGUCUGGCGAGCCCGCGGGCCGCACGCCUUCCCGCACGCACGCGCACGCACGCGCACGCACACAGCCGGCCCUCCCCCGGGCCCCGCCGGCUCUCUCCAGAAGGUCUCCGGGGGCGCGUGUCUUGCGCCGGGGGGCGUCGGGGCGUAUGGAGGGAAGGUCCUCAGAAGGUCGCCGGCCCUGUGGCCCGGAUGGCGGGGGCUCUGUCUGCCACCCCUCCCGAGAGUGGCCUGCCGUGGUCCAGCGGCCGGUGCGGGCACCCCCUCCCUGCCCUGACUGCGCUCUGGGUGCCUGGGGAGGAGCCGUUUGUCCCCGGUGGCGAACAGCACCCCGACCCUGCUUCAGCCCCACCAGAGGCCCGCGGCCCGCGAGGCGGAGGGAGGGGGGGCUGCGCUAGGACUGCGCGCGCCUGGGGGCGCGCCUGCCGUGACCCCCGCGUGCCGGCGGCGCGGGGCCUCGGAGGAGCGGGUUGGUCCGGGUGGUCCCUUGGGGGCCUCCGGGGUACACGUGCAGAGUUGCACGAGGACUCGGGAAUUUCCCCUCUGUUGGACCGACCCCGGGGAGGUCCGCAGCGGGGAGCUGGCGGGGAGCCCUGCGCAGGGAGGGCCGGCAGGGUCCGGGGCGGAAGCGGAGCCAUCCCUGCCGAGCAGGUGGGAAGUCGGCGGCGGCCUCGGGAGUGGGUUGUGGUCCCGCUGCCAGAGUGACCGGUGGAGUCCGAGGGUGAGGAGGGUGUGAUGGCCAAGGAGGUGACUCUAGGCACCGGGCCAGGACCAGCCUUCUGGGGGCGCCCGGGUGGUCUGUUGGUGCAGAGGACAAGGGGACGCGGCCACCUUGGUGCUUAUUCCUCGCCUGAAACUUUUACCUGUUCUUUCUUUCUGACACUUGGAGCCCCUGAUGACCUCGGUGACCUUUGCUGGGGCUCCCGGCUUCCUCUUGGCCUGUCCCCCGCCACCUAGGGAGACCCCCAGCGAGCUGCAAGGCCCCUGUGCAGGAAGAGGCAGACUGGGCGGGACAGACGCCCGGAGAGCUCCCUACGGAAGACGUCUGGGUCUCUCCGGCAGCACUGCCGUGCGGCCUUGGCCUUCGCCUUGUCCUGGGGGAAGGUGAGGGGUCUGGGGCCUGCCGGAUCCUUACGGAGCAAAAGGCCCAGUGUGUAAAAAAAAAAUUUAAAAAAAAAAAAAAAAGCUGUCGAUACCAUAGCCAUGGUAGGUAAUCCACAUUGGAUAUCAAUAAGGACCACGGGGAAAUAUUUAAAAGAGAGAAAAGUAUAUAUAUAUAUAAAAUUAUAUACACAUUUUAUCGUACAGAUUUUUCGUAACUUUUUUCCUGUUUUUACUGUAAAUCCCUAAUCGAGCAGAGCUGCGGUUGGAGUAGGGGGGGUGGGGGCCGGGGUCUGUCGCCGCUGCCUGCUGCCCUCGGGAGUGCUGGCGCCCUGCAUGCCCCCUCCCCCCCCCCCCCCCCGCCCCUGCCCAGAGGGGGCUUCUGUCACCGCCCGGGGCACCUCGCCAUGCCUGCCCGCUCCUGGGGACCAGGGGCCAGGGAAGGAAGACCGGAGCAUUCUCUCAUGCCUUUCCUUUCAGCUCGUUGAGAUUUCAUUGUCCCCGUUUUAAUGUAUGGAUUUGUUUUAUUUAAAAGGCAAGGAUCUCUGUCCCUUGGGUUUGUUUUCCUGAUUCUCGUGCUUCAGACUCGGGGUCCUUCCCGAGGGAGGCAGGCUCUGUCCUCCCAGGGGGCAAGGCCUCCCAUUUCCUGGCCUUGGUCACUCAGCUGUUCCAUUUCAAUAUUUAUUUUUGUGCUGCUUUUAUCAUGGUAUAAAUUAUUGAGAAGAGACCCCACGUCGUGGUCCUUGUCCGUAUGACAUGUGCCCUGCGCCUGCCCUGUCCCCUCACGGCCACCACCUAAUUUAUUGCUGUACAUCUCUGCUGUGACGCUUUUGUACCUUUGCAAUAAAGAGUUUUCUGGUUUCA